AGAUCAGUAACAAGUUUUAAAAUUAUCAUUUUUUUUAAACCUAUUGAAAAGAAAAUAGAUACAAAUAAAAUAAUUAUUCUGUACAGUUAUUUUAAUUUUGUUUUUUAAUUUUUUUUACUUAAAUGUACAUACAACUAAAACAACUUUCAGAACAAAAAUUUAAUUAAUUAACAAGACAUAACUAGAACAACUCUGGAGCAAAUUUAACUGGAACUUUUAACAAAAAAAUAUUCAUUUAGUUAAUUAAAAUAAAUGUAGAAAAUUAAACAAAAACUUCACAAUAAGAACUAGCAAAAAGGUUAACUGAAAAGAUUCAAUUGAAUAAUACAAUAAAAAUCAACCGUGCAAGUCCAUAAUACAAUGUGGAAUGUAUUGCCAUUCAUUUUCAUCAUAAUCCACAUUUUACUUUAAUAAAGAUUAUUUUGUUACUGUAUCUUUAUUUAUUAGCAGUAUUAAAAAUAUAUCAUGGCAAAAUACUUUGAACAAACAAAGGCUUUGCCCCCUAACUGAUGCCUGGUCUUUCUGCAGUUGAGUAAACACGGCGUUCCUUGGAACUGACGUCACCAGCCUCAAGAAACCACUUUUCAAGGAUAUUUUUAUGAGACGUUUACUUGCAUUUUCACGCACUGGGAUCCGGGAAUGUUCACCCAGGAAAGUUCUGCUCAGUUCGUUGAUGAUGAUGAUGAUGAUGAUAAUGGCGCCCUCACGUGGACGCUGCCGUUCAUUUCACACGCCUUAUGGCCACCCCCAUCAUCUCUUUCCCAUAGUCGGUGAACGCAGCACGACCCUUCUUUUAUACACUGGAGGGUGAAAAUGGAACUUCAUGAGAUGAUGUACAUCGAUUACACAUGAUUCAAUUGUGCUAAACUGGCGUACAUGUCCCCUCUCGAAAACAAUACAAUAUGCUAGUUUUAAUCAUGUGUACAUGCUCGAAUUAAGGCCGUUCAAAUGAAUUAUCUCCCAUCGUCAGUGGACUAAGCAUGUAAAAGUGUACACCGCGGUGUACACUUUCCCCCGGAGCCUGUGAAUGCAGCACGCCUCUUUGAGCUAUGUUCGACUUGUAGGAGUGUUGUCACCGUAUGUUCCAACAGUCGAUGAACGCGGCACGGUUUGUAGUUGAAGUGUUAAUGCGCACAUGUUUACCACAUAUUUAUUUAAUGCGCACAUAUUUACCAUAGUCGGUGAACUCAGCUUGACCCCGGCACACGUUCACCGUUGUCUAAUACACUUAAUGCUGAUUAGAUGUCAGCAUUUUUUUCCUGUAGCCAAUGAACUCAGCACGGUUCGAAAAGGUCACAUAUGUCCAGUCAAUUUCAUCUCCAAUUUUUCUAAGAGUCCAUGAACUCGGCACGCCUCGUCUAUUACACUUGACACUGAAAGUGGCGAUUAGGCGCAAUCUCUAGUGUUUCCAGCCGUCCGUGAACUCGGCGCGGUUUGGAAAGGGUUAACGCUCAACUAUUUCCCACUGAACUCAUUUCGCAUCCAAUUUUUACAAAAGUCGGCGAACUCAGCAACUCACCUGGCACUGUCACUGUCCAACAUUGCCAUGGUCUGUGAACGCAGCACACCUUUUCCAUUGCACUUGCUUCUGAUGACAAGGUGAUGUGCAAAUGUCAGUGAACUCACCACGCCCGGUCUGUUAUUCUUGUCCUAGAAGCGUUGAUUAAGAGUUGUCUAAUUUUCUAACAGUCAGUGAACUCAGCAUGGUUGAACUUGUGCCUCUACAUGUCCUGUAGUCUAUGAACGCAGCACGGUGUGUCCAUUGUACUAAAGGUCUAUUCAAGUUUGUGUUUCCAGUAUUUCUUGGAAGUCAGUGAAGGCAACACAGGCUGUCCAUUUUACGUGCCCUUUAAAUGUCGGCCAAAGGUUGCCUCCCCGACACUUCCCGUAGUCGGUGAACGCAACACGGCCAGUGCCGAUGAAUGUACAGCGGCUCGCGUCUCUCGUGUCUCUCGUAGCCGCUGAAUGCAGCACGGCUAUUCCAUUUGUUCUAAAUGCCGACAAUGGUUUUUCGUCUCCAGCAAAUACAGUAGUCCGCGAACGCAGCAUGACGUGUCUGUUUUAUUACAUGCAGAUGACCGAUUGCUUCUCCACUAUUUUUGUAGUCAGUGAAUGAAACAUAAGCUGUCUCUUCUACUAUGCCGGCAAAAGGAAUCAUUUCGCAUAGUCUUCAUUGUUCAACAUUUCCUGCCCUCAGUGAAUGCAGCACGGCUUUUCCAUCAUACUUGUACUGAGGAGCAAUUACGUCUCUGAAAUUUCCCCUAGCCGGGGAAAGCAUCACGACCAGUCUAUCUUCUACUUGCCUUUUUAAUGCCGUCACCAACAUUUCGUGUUGUCAGUGAACGCAGCGCGCUGAGUCUAUUGUACUAAACGCUGAUGAAAAGCUUGCGUCCCCUACAGUUCUUCUAGUCAUCGAAGGCAGCACAGAUCGUCACGAACGCUGCAAUGAGAUUGCGUCUCUCGUUUGUCUUGGAGUCUGUGAUCGCAACACGGCGCGUCCAUUGCCCUUGAAAUUGCGUCUGCUGCUCCAGUUCUCGUCGGCACUGAACGCAGCGCGGCUUGUGCAUUGUACUGGCCCUUUAAGUGCACAUGAAAGGCGCUUGAGUCAUUUGGGAGGAAGAGGACGAGGAGGAGGAGGAGGAGGAAGAGGCAGAGGCGGCGAGGUAGCGGACCAAAUGGUUUGACAUUUGCCAGCGCGGCAAUGGAGGAGAGCGUCACCGUGACGACGGUGCUCGUCGGGACCGUCCUGGUGCUUCCCGUCUCGGCUUUCUUCGCCAGCGUGUGGCUGUGGCCCGGUAUGAUCGUCCGGGCUUAUAACUGGUUCCUGCGUCUCAAAUUGGGUCUGGUGGUCCGCUACUCGUACUGCGGCGGCUAUCGUUUCUGCUAUUUCAGCCGCGGGACGCCCGGGGGCGCUGUGCCGUCCUUACUGCUCCUGCACGGUUUCUCCGCCUCCAAAGACAUGUGGUUGCCCUUCGUCAAGUACGUCCCCGUUGAGCAGCACAUGCUGUGCAUGGACAUGCCAGGCCACGAGGGGACCAGUCGCACCGGAUCCGAGGACUACAGCAUUCGGGGUCAGGUUGCCCGAAUCCACCAGUUUGUGCACAGCGUUGGUCUGGACAAAAGACCCUUUCACCUGGUGGGAACGUCCAUGGGGGGCAACGUUGCGGGCGUCUACGCCGCCACCUAUCCCGCCCACCUGUCCGGCGUCACCUUGAUGUGCCCUUCAGGUUUGGUGUAUCCCACCGACUCGGAGUUCAUCGUCCGUCUGAGGGAGUUGGAGAAGAACCCCGAGGAGUCGUCCAUCCCUCUGAUUCCGUCCAGCGCCCAGGAGCUGGAGGACAUGUUGCGCCUGUGCUGCCAUAAGCCCCCCAAGCUGCCUCGGCAGAUGCUGCGCGGCCUCCUGGACAACAGGAUCCACCACAACCGCUUUUACAGAGAACUGUUCAUGGAGCUGGUGGAGGAAAAGUCUCGCCACUCGCUGCAAGAAAAUCUGCAUUUGAUCACGUCGCCCCUGCAAGUCCUUUGGGGGAAGCAAGACCAGGUUCUGGAUGUUUCCGGGGCGUCUGCGCUGCAGGCGGCGGUGCCCCGCAGUCAGCUGUUUCUUUUGGACGACUGCGGCCACACCAUCGCGCUCGAGAGGCCCAAGAAGGCCGCACAGCUCGUCAUGGACUUCCUGACUGCGCAGGAAGUCCACAACAAAGAUGUGAAGAAAAAUCUUUCCUGAACAGGAGAUUGAGUACUGUACAAUACAAAUUAUAUAGCUGACAUAAUUUGUUAGAAAUACAUGAUUGGAAUGAAAGAUUUGUGUACGAAUGUAUUAGAAAUAUUCAUGAUGUUUUAAUAUUUUAAAGGUUUUAAUGCAUUUCUUGCUGAGUUUGUUGUGAUUUUUGUGUUCAUUUUCCGGAUACCGAAGCAGAUCUUUAAACCUCAACAAAAGCACUUAUAAGUAAUUAAGUUGCCUAAUGUAUUUGUCUAUCUGUACUGUUUGUUUUAAAUGCAACUAUUGAAGCAUUUCAAUGACUGUCAUUUUCAACAGUGUCUCUUUGGACAUCAAAUACAGUUUAUGAGCAAAAAAUAAAUAAAUAAAAAUAACCAUGUGUUCAUAACUGCAUUAAAGGACUAGAAUUUCAAUUG